ACAAGGAGGCAGAGCCUGCACUCCAGCUCCACGUUCACUGAGGCACACACGGCCCCAGCUCCUGCUCUCGCCUCCUGCUAACUUUUCCACUUUUUCCUUUAACGGAGCCUUUCCCACUUGGCAAUAAGCAGCCAUGGACGCCAUCAAGAAGAAGAUGCAGAUGCUCAAGCUCGACAAGGAGAAUGCCUUGGACAGAGCUGAGCAGGCCGAGUCAGACAAGAAGGCAGCGGAGGACAGAAGCAAGCAGUUAGAGGAUGAAAUGAGAGAGUUGGAAAAGAAAAUGCGUGUUACUGAGGACGAGCGAGAUAAAGUGUUUGAGGAGUUCCAAACCGCUGAGGAGAAGCUGCUGAGCGCCGAGGAGGUCGCCACCAAGCUUGACGAUGACUUGCUAGGUCUGCAGAAGAAGCUGAAGGGAACUGAGGAUGAGCUGGACAAGUAUUCUGAGGCUCUUAAAGAUGCCCAGGAGAAACUUGAGCUGGCCGACAAGAAAGCUACAGAUGCUGAGAGCGAUGUGGCCUCCCUCAACAGACGCAUCCAGCUGGUUGAGGAGGAGUUGGACCGUGCUCAGGAGCGUCUGGCCACUGCUCUGACCAAGCUGGAGGAGGCCGAGAAGGCCGCUGAUGAGAGCGAGAGAGGCAUGAAGGUCGUUGAGAACAGGGCCAUGAAGGAUGAGGAGAAGAUGGAGAUUCAGGAGAUCCAGCUCAAGGAGGCCAAGCACAUUGCUGAGGAGGCUGACCGCAAAUACGAGGAGGUGGCUCGUAAGCUGGUCAUCAUUGAGAGUGACCUGGAGCGUACAGAGGAGCGCGCCGAGCUCUCAGAAAGCAAAUGCUCUGAGCUGGAGGAAGAGUUGAAAACUGUGACCAACAACCUGAAGUCACUGGAGGCCCAGGCUGACAAGUACUCGCAGAAGGAGGACAAAUACGAGGAGGAGAUCAAGGUCCUCACCGACAAGCUGAAGGAGGCCGAGACCCGCGCUGAGUUCGCCGAGAGAUCAGUAGCCAAGCUUGAGAAGACCAUUGAUGACCUGGAGGAAAAACUUGCCCAUGCCAAAGAGGAGAAUCUCGACAUGCACCAGAUGUUGGACCAGACUUUAAUGGAACUGAAUAAUUUGUGAAAGCACAGUCUAACCCUGACAUGCACUGCAGUUUGGCUUUUUUGUACUUGCACCUUUGCUACCCAAUCAACCUGUACCUUGUCCAUGGUGCAGCGCAACCAGCCAGAUGCUAUUUUUCUUGCACCAACCUGCCUUCAGUGGAACUCAACCAAGGAGCUAAGGGAAGUAAAACGUAACCAUUCCUUCCGAUGAAUUUAAAGUCGGAAGCAUAUUUGUUUUUGCAAACCAGUUUUUAUACUGUAACAAUCCUUGGGUGGAAUUACAGGUGACUGUGGUUACAUAGAUAUUUUUAUUUUUACAUCUGUUGAUAGUUACAUUCUAUUCCACCUUAGGUUUUGCACAUACCAAAGGACAAAGUGGAGAAAUUUAGCACUUCACCUCACAAUAAUGCCUUUUUCUUUUUCUGCGUUCUUCACGAAAGACUGUCAACGCACUCCUCUUGUGAAACUUCAGUAUAUAAACUGGUGCUAUUCAUAUUUAGGCUGUAUUCGUUUGUAACAGCCACAGUCCUAAAUUUGUUCAUUUUGUCUGUGUGGUUUCAGACAUCUGGUUGUGCAUUGUUUUAGCAUUUUUAAAGUUGAUGUUUCAAAUGUUUAUCGUAUUUGAAAUGAUUCAAUUCUAAAAUAAAUUAAAGCACGUGUUCAAA